AUGUGUCUGCUGUGUGAGAUGACAAGAAUAUCGCCAUAUCUGACACGCUGCCCUGUAUGCUUCAGGGGAGUAAAUGCAUCCGUGAUGGCCAGAGUUGUGGAGGAGGCUAUGAAGCUACAGAGAGACUUCCCAGAUGUCAUGGCUGGUUUUGACCUGGUGGGCCGUGAGGACAGAGGCAGACCCCUGUGGUACUUCAGAGAUGCCUUGUCGCUGCCAGUAGAGAGAGGGGUGACGCUUCCUUUCUUUUUCCACGCUGGAGAGACCGAUCUUGAGGGCACAGAGGUGGACCAGAACUUGUUGGACGCUCUUUUGUUAAACACUUCCCGUAUUGGCCAUGGAUUUGCUUUGCCGCGCCACCCAGUGGCCAAAGCUCUAUCCAGAAAGAGAGGGGUGGCUUUGGAAGUGUGCCCUAUCUCCAACCAGGUGUUGAAGCUUGUAAAUGAUUUGCGAAACCAUCCGGCAGCUGCACUGAUGGCAGAGAACCACCCACUGGUCAUCAGUUCAGAUGACCCGGCUAUGUUCGGGGCCUCUGGACUCUCUUAUGACUUCUAUGAAGCUUUUGUGGGCUUUGGUGGGAUCAGCUCCCAUCUAGGUUCCCUUAAAGAGUUGGCCAUAAACUCUAUUAGGUAUAGUUCUUUGACUCCAAAGCAAAAGGAGAGAGCCCUGGCUCUGUGGCAGAGAAGAUGGGAUAAGUUUGUCUCCGAAAAUGCUUUUUAAGAAAGAAACUGAUACAACAAAGCUAGUUUGGGGUCAGAGAUUGUCCUUUUUCACAAAUGACAAUUUGGCAUGUUAAACAUGAUGAAUAAGGAAAUGAAUGAUGACUAUCAUAGAACAGAGUCAUUCUUAAUGUUAAAAGUAACACCUGUGCUUUUCCUACUAUGACCAGUUGUAUCUGCUGUGAAAAAGGCCUAUUGUUACACGAUACCAAAGUGGAGUUGGCUGUCUAAAGUAAAUAAACUGGCCAGUGUGAAACACAACACAUAAGCGUUAAGAGCUACACAUAUGAAAUGGCUUCAAUCAAAGGCAUCUGUUAUGUCUAGUUGUAUUAAGGAUUGUUAAUGUAUUUGCACUUUAAGAUUCAGGUUUGCCUGUGUUUUUGGGGACAUUGUUAACUGGUUGAGGUGCUAAAUGUUUGACUUCUCUUCGUAGUGUGUUUGUGCUUUCUAAGAGUGUAAUGCAUAGCUUCUUGAUAUGGAUGUUAAAUUGUGUGGGCUUAGAAACACUGUUCUUAAAAAACAAAGGUUUUUUUUUUUUUUUUUUUUUUUAGGGAUAUAGCUGACCUUUUGCUCAUGUAGGCACAUUUUGUGUUAUCGGUUUAAAAAAAGAAUUUAAUUAACA